UAUCAUAUCACUUUUGCCUGUUUGCAUCAAAUCGAUUCAAACAUGGUUGGACUUUUGGCGUGGAGUCUCCUUUGCCUUGUGCCAAGUAUUGCCUCAAGCUUUCCUGACGAUGCGCCUAAAGUAGAACUGGCCCUGUAUUACGAAAGCUUGUGUCCUGACUGCCAACUGUUUAUUAGACAGCAGCUUUAUCCAACGUACCUCAAGGUCAGCGAUAUUUUAGACCUGACGCUUGUCCCGUAUGGAAAUGCCGAAGAAAGAAAGAGUGGAGACAAGUGGGUAUUCCAGUGCCAACACGGGCCAAAAGAGUGCGAAGGGAAUCUCAUUGAAACUUGCGCCAUCUCUCUCCUCAAGAACAUUUCGGCAUCGCUGCCUUUUGUUUAUUGCUUUGAGAAGAAUAUCGAGGGUUCUGAGGAACCAAAAGCAGUGGCCGAGACCUGUGCCAAGUCUCUGAAAAUUGAUUAUGAUUCAAUCGAAGCUUGCGUGAGCGGUUCUUUAGGAAACGAACUGGAGCACAAGAUGGCUGCGAUGACGGAUGCGUUAGAACCACAGCACCAGUACGUUCCGUGGGUGACCGUAAAUGGAAAGCACACUGAAAAGAUUCAGAACAAGGCCGAAAGAAAUUUGUUGGAGCUUGUCUGUGAGUACUACACAGGAACGAAGCCAAAGCCUUGUGAAAAGCAAGAGUUCGACCGAUGUUACAAGAGUACUUUACCUCUAAUCGAGUUGAAAAAGGCACUGCGGCUUCGUGAUGUGUAAGCUGCAUUGACGAAAUUAUAUAAUUUGUUGUCAACAAUGCACUUAUGUAACUUGGUAUUGUGGCACUAAAUAAAUUGAAAAUGAGUCCAAUCAA